AUGACAGAGACAUUGCCAAACAAAGUGCGCGUCGCUCUCGUCCAACUUUAUUCGCAUCCAACGGAUAUCGAGGGCAACUUUGACCGUGCGGCAAGCCACAUUCGCAAAGCCGCGGCGGACGGCGCUCACAUCGCCGUGCUACCCGAGUACUACUUGGGUGACUUUUUCGAGCAGCUGAAAGAUCCUGCGACCGCCGUAGCGACUUCAGCCUCUUACCUGCAGCGCUACCAGUCUCUGGCGCGAGAGCUAAAGAUUGGCAUCGUUCCGGGCACGUUGCUAGAAACCAAGACCCAGGGCACUGCCGCCAGCACCACAUUCACCGGUAAGCUUGCCAACACGGCAUACUUCAUCGGGCCAGACGGUGCCCUGCUCGGCCGCUACCAGAAAAAGAACCUGUGGCACCCCGAGAGGCCUCAUGUCGUCGCCGACAGCGAGUCCCCGCACCGCGCCUUUGACACGCCGUGGGGGCGCAUCGGUCUCAUCAUCUGCUGGGACAUGGCGUUCCCCGAGGCGACGCGCGCGCUCAUCUCGGACGGGGCGCGCAUCGUCAUCUGCUCGUCGUGCUGGCUGGCAGAGGACGGGGGCGCGGGGCGGCAGGUGAAUGCCGAUUGCGAGGCGCUCUUUUUGCGCAACGCAAUCGUGUCGCGGGCGUUUGAGAGCACGUGCGCCGUCGUCUUUGUGAAUGCAGCCGGUCCCGCCGGCAGCAUAGAUGGUAAAGACUCGCGAGGGCUGGAGUUUAUAGGGCAGAGCCAGGUGGCGAUGCCGUUGCAGGGGAGUCGCUGUAUGCUUGGUCGGGCGGAGGAGGUGAGGGUGGUGGAACUGGACAUGGAUGUGCUGGAUGUGGCCGAGGACGUGUACAAGAUUCGGCAAGAUAUGGCCAGGCCAGGGUGGCAUUACCCCCUCCACGUCAGUGAAGAUAGAUCUUAG